CUAGGGUUUUACAGUGGGAUACCAAUUUCUCAUCUCGGCAGUUCCUUCUGGUUUUCGCAAAAUCGGCGGCGGCGGCAAGGGAAGAAAUGAGUGCUUUCAAAGCUUUCAAAGCUUGUGUUCCUAUUGAAUGGAGCCCCAACCUUUAUAUAACUCUAGUGAGGGGAAUGCCAGGCACCAGGAGGCUGCACCGGCGUACCUUAGAGGCAUUGCGCCUGCGCAAAUGCAACCGCACUGUCAUGCGUUGGAACACGCCAACUGUUAGGGGCAUGCUUCAACAGGUUAAAAGGUUGGUGGUGGUAGAGACGGAAGAGAUGUAUAAGGCGCGGAAAGAGAAUGAGGCCAACCACCGAGCUCUACGCCCUUCAGUUGUUGUCAGUCAUCUCCCAGGUUCUGCAACAGACUCCUCUAAGCAAUCUUAAAAAUGCUUCAAAGGCUUUCCCUUCCACCUCUGGUUCAAAGGGAUUUUGUUUGUUUUUCAAACUUACCUUUGUAGUAUCAUGGCAAAGAAUUCUGAAGUGGAUAUUCUUGAUGUAUCUAGAUCUUCUGUUGUUGCAUGCAAGUACUUCAGAUUCAAUAAAUUGUACUUAUUUCUGUCUUAUAUUCUUGCUUU